CGCCUUCAUCGUCCUGUCGCUGUACCUAGCGAGACGAAUCUACGUGGGAUACGAGUUGCUGACAUCGAAUAUGGCGUGACAGUCCCUUAGAAGCCAUGAAACCAACGCUGCUAGUUGUGUCGACUGCAAUCAUCGGGUCACUCAAUAUCUCUAUUCCUGCACUCACCCCAAGGAACACUUUCCAGAGCACAGCUCCCAGGAACGCUUAGAUGGCACGAUAUCGCCGAGUCGACCAAGAGCUCGCUAGAUUGCAGUCGUUGUUCGAGCGGGCCCGGGACACCGUAUCGGCGCAAGGAGACUUGCAACCCCUACUCUCUCGCUGCGAGGCCAUCGUGGCACGCGGCAUCGCGUUCUCUCUGCUCGACGAAGACCCUGAAUUGAUUCCAUCCGAUACUCUGUUCGAGGCAUCCCGAGUUCGGGCUCUACGUCACUCAUUCGAAGCAUACGCACAAUGGAUAGAUCUUUUCUGCAACGAGCGGAACCUCAAUCUCAGCAAGGAUCCGGUCCACGUCAACCGUGUUUUUAGCUGGGUCGAAGUCCUACAUCCUAUGCACCGUCGUUUACCUGCUUCGACGCCCGCGGAGCAGGACUUGGUGCUAACGCUCAACGUGGCGAUCACGAAAAUCCUCUCUUCGCUCGACAAAAAGACUGAUCUCAUGCCAUAUCUUUUCUCCAACCCACGCACUCUUUUCCUCGCCGUCGACCUCUGGGUUCACAUGCCCUCGUACUUCUCGCAGUCCUUGGCUGACGGCACCGCACCUGCCGUCGCCCUGAUGCUCUCGAACACUGUGAAAAGCAUGUUCAAAUUCUCGCUGGCCAACGAGGCGGCCAUCAUCCUCUUCGCAGAGCUGCUCCGCACUGUGCCGGACUCGCGGGGGCUGUAUCGCUGUCUCGUAGGCCACAUGAAGUUCCUCGCCCUCAUGCGGCGAGGAGAUGCGCGACGGCAGGCAUGGGAGACGCACUUCCUCCUGGUCGGCACGACGAAAAACUUGAUCGGCAGAUUCCGUCCUUUCCGCCCUCUCCCCCGCGGGAUGUAUCGGCGCAUCAUCGAGGCGGCGACGCUGUGCCUCCACGAAGGGUACACGUCCGCGGUGAGAGACGCCAUCAUGGCGCUCCGCAUGCUCUUCUUGGGUGCUGCCAGUUGUCCGCGUGGCUAUGUCUGCGCGAUCGAGGUGGAUGUGCUUGGGUUCAUGGCUCGCGCCCACGCCGCCGGUAUCCGAGGCGGCGGUGGGGCCCCGGAAGACGACUCUGACAUCAUCCUCCUGCACAUGCGCGCGAGUCUCGUCUUCCCCUCCGUCCUCCGGGCGCUACAUCGCAAGCAUGGCGCGGAACUUGGCGACGCAGGCAAUCGAAAAUCGCCUAUCGAGCGCGAGUUCCCAGGCCUGGUACAGUUCUUUCGACGUCGAUGGGACGAGUGCACGGAUGAGGUUGCGAAGGAACGUUUCAAUAGCUUUCUGCAAUGCUCGAAUAGUCUUGCUGACUCGCACGAGCACGCUCUCCGAUACUGCCCAUGCGGCGAGGCCUUUUACUGCUCGGUUGAAUGCCAAAGACAACAUUGGCGUGCAGUGCAUAGCAAAACAUGUCGCUCGAAUGAUGGCGUCUGGGGGAUUGGAGACACAAUCACCCUUUCCGACAUGCGAGAUAUUGUCCGCAUGAUACACUCGAUAAUCGUCGCGCAGCGAGACUGCAUCGUCGAAGGUGUCAUCUCGGCCGCGCAACGGAUCAUAAAUCCGCCAACAAAAGAAGAAUUCUGGCAGGAAAUUACGGAAUCAUGGAAGGCGGGUCGUGGCACGCCGGAUCCGCUGUUGGCGCCGGACAUGCCUCUCGAGGUUUACAUCGCCUUCGACCUCUUCAGCCCUCCGACCCAAGGCCGGGGCGACUUUGACUUUCGGUUCCUGUUACGAGAAACCCACGAGGAGGUGGAUCCGGACAAGUUCGUGGUGGACGUGCGCUUCGAAUUGAAGGCCGAGAUGAUCAUCAGGACGUUGCCAGUCGUUUACUAUGUGCAACAGUUACAGUCAAUGGAAUGAUGUGCAUGGGUUACAGCUCUCUCAAUCCUUCUAUCCUCGCUCGCCCAUGCACAAAUGCGUCG